GGUUAGAACUUCUCGUUGAGGGUGUUAACAUUUUCCAUUGAAUAGUUUUCUUCUACGCCACUUACCGUGUUAACUAGAUGUUCACAAAAGAGCCGGCUGAAAGAUACCAGAUGGUUGUCAGGGAUUAGAGAAGUGUGUGUAAAAAUAUACAGCCAUGCAGCAUGUGGUCUGGAGCAGACACUACUAUCACUGCUAGAAUGGCUAUUGAAGCUAGAUAUAAACUGUAAUCCUUUAUGCUGUAAUCUUAACAAACCACUCAGCAUCGAAAAAAGAAUGGUAGACUUCUACGGGGCUUCGUGUGCUCUCUGCACAGCCAGCCCAAGUCAUGUGCCUCAAUGAACGCUGUUUAUUCACGUGUAAAAUUCUGGGUGGACUCUCGAGGCUGAAACCAAGACUGGAUUAAUGAGAAGCUCAUACGUAUUGUGGAGGGGUGAAUGUGUCCUUACCGUACAUCUCAAUAAACGGAGUAAGAAACGAGCUGAUGUGUUUUACCUGCUCUUUACUGGUUCCAAACGGAGACAUGUAGCAAGUACUCGGAGAGUCAACUCGGCAACACUACAAACAGUUGCGCCAGCUCACGGCUGUUGUGAGAUUGUUACUGUCUCACUGUGUGCGUCCAAGAAGGGCUCGGUGGUUGUGUUGGGAGAGGAGAGCUUUGAAUUCACCGGCGAUGAAGCAUACGAUUCUGCUCAGUUUCUAGUGGCCAAUGCCACCAACCAGCAGGCCCUGAACUUCGCUCGGUUCCUGAUCAGCGCACAGCCACGUCCGGGAGAUGUUGCCGUUCUAGAUAAGAAGAUCACGUUGGCUUUUAAACAUCUUCAGUUGCCCAGUGGAUGGAAUGUUCUUGGAGAAACCCCUUUAACAGAUGGCGAGAAGCAGGAAACGUUGAUGCACUUUGCUGCAAGGCUGGGCCUUUGCCAUCUGUCAAAAUUUCUUCUGGAUCAACCAGGGGGGAGAACAGCUUUGACUAUUUCCAACAGCGACGGCGCAACACCUGCGAGACUGGCCAUUGACCGAGGCUUCAGGGAGCUGGUUCAGCUGUUCUCAGAAAGCGGCUCCAAAGGGACACCUUGCCUGAGUGACCUUUCCCAUGUUGAACGUUUCAGAGACUGCUGGCUGGAACACCAUUUGGAAUUAAAUGUUUACAUUCUGACCAGGGAAGUGGACCUUCAGACACAUAUCAGAAUGGAAACCCUCAUAAAAGACCUGUGUAGACAUAUUGAGGGUCAUUCUAGCUUUCAGGGCAUAUGUGCAAAGUCGGAGAAGGAACCCGAGUCCGAAGAGUCGGCUGAUUUAUGUCACCAGGAUGUAGAGAAAAGUGUUACAGAUAAGACUUUGGAUUUGCACAGUGACUCUGAUGGCACAGAAAAUAAAUGGUCUACACUGUGCAGCGAGGAGAGCUGUACGGGUGACAAGGUGGAAGAGCUUGGUGUUACUAUUGACAGCGAGGUGGAAACUGUGGGUGGAGACGGUGCAAUGCUUUCCUUUUCUGGUACAAGUAAAGAGCCCAAAGAGGAAGAGGAGGGAACGAAGGCAGAGGGUGAUGUAUCGGUUACACACCAGCACAUACAAAGGUUUCCCACUGAGGUACAGGCAACCGAAUCCCUUCUGUCCAGUGGAAAUCCAAAUGAGGAAACUGGAAUGACCUCCACUCGAAUUGUUGUGGACCACGAGGGCCUGUGCGGGAGAGAUAAUUUGGAUGAGGAAAUGAUAACCACUACAGAGAGAGCGACUCCAGACGUUGCUAUAACGGAAGCUUCAGACAAAGCCACUGUAUUGACUCUAGCCUCUGGUGUGGACAUGGGCCAGGCCAUGCCAGGGUACUGUACUAGCGCAGCGAGUUCCAAGGACACAGUAGGGAAUACCGAGAACAGUGAAGAGGAAAUGGGCGCAGUCACACUACUGCCUGUGAAUGAGAAUCAGGCUAUUGAUAGUUUUAAUGACAGUUCCGGCCAGAGUGAAAUAAAUCUUUGUCUGCUAAAUGAAACAGAGCGAUGUGACAUUGCGGAGUCCGGACAGCCACAGGAAUGCACUGCAAUGAAAGCGCUGGACUGCAUUGAGAUAUGUGAAGUGAAAGGCUCUGGUACAAGUGUGCCAGCUUCGCAAAGUGAACGUUCGGAGCAGACUGUGGAUGGUAUCCGUCUGACUGCUAAGGAAGGAAAUGCACUCGCAGGUGUAGAUGUAUCAGAUUACAAAGCUAAAAGUGCUGGUGGUGGUGAUGCUGGAGCCAUGCCUGAAGAAGAAGUUGUGGUCGCCACUUGCAAAGCUAAAGGUACUGGUGAUGCUGGAUCCAUGCCUGAAGAAGAAGUUGCGGUCUCCACUUGCAAAGCUAAAAGUUCUGGUGGUGGUGAUGCUGGAUCCAUGCCUGAAGAAGAAGUUGCAGUCUCCACUUGCGAACCUAAAAGUUCUGGUGGCGGUGAUGCUGGAUCCAUGCCUGAAGAAGUUGUUGGGGUCGCCACUUGCAAAGCUAAAAGUUCUGGUGGUGGUGAUGCUGGAUCCAUGCCUGAAGAAGUUGCGGUCGCCACUUGCAAAGCUAAAAGUGCUGGUGAUGCUGGAUCCAUGCUUGAAGAAGAAGUUGCGGUCACCACUUGCAAACCUAAAAGUUCUGGUGGUGCCGAUGCUGGAGCCAUGCUUGAAGAAGUAGUAGCGGUCACCACUUGCAAACCUAAAAGUUCUGGUGGUGCCGAUGCUGGUGCCAUGCUUGAAGAAGUAGUAGCGGUCACCACUUGCAAACCUAAAAGUUCUGGUGGUGGUGAUGCUGGAGCCAUGCUUGAAGAAGAAGUUUCGGUCACCACUUGCAAAUCUAAAAGUUCUGGUGCUGGAUCCAUACUUGAAGACGUAGUUGCGGUCAACACGGCACCUUUAGAACAAAUUUCUGAAGGCCAUAGUGUAGCUAUCGAAGAAGCCAUGCCUGGCCCUUGUACUAGCCCACCCGUGGAAACUAUGGACACAACAAGUUCUCAAGGGACCAGUGAACCCGAUACUGGAAAGGCAACAACACUGACUGUUAAUGACAAUCGGACUACUACAGACCAGGGAGAGCCAUGUCCCUCUAUAAAUGAAACCGGGCAGUGCGACCUUGCAGAAGGAACCGGGCAGUGUGUCCUUGUAGAAGGAACCGGGCAGUGUGUCCUUGUAGAAGGAACCGGGCAGUGUGACCUUGUAGAAGGAACCGGGCAGUGUGACCUUGUAGAAGGAACCGGGCAGUGUGACUUUGUAGAAGGAACCACACAGUGUGACCUUGUAGAAUCUGGACAGUCACCGCAAAGCACGGCAAUUGACAAGUUGGACAGUGCAGAGGUAUGUGACUCCGAACAUAUGGAAUUAGACGUUUCAAAUUCACAAAAUGAAAGUCCAGACCAGUCUACUGAUGGCACAAGACGGAUUGCCGAAGGCGAAAAUCCUACCACUGAAGCAGACGUACCUGUCUGCUCUUUUCAUGACUGUGUAGGUGAAGUAAAGGAUGCUGUUCUUCCUCCAGCACCUUCGCCUGAAGACUUGUUGUAUACGGAAACGCCAAGCCCUGUUGAUUGUGUAGAGGAGGAGCCAGGGGAGGUUGUCAAGCAGGCUCCUGUAGACAGUAAUAGAGCUGAAGAUAGCUCAGAGGUGUUAAAAGUCUCCAGAGCUUCACUUCAUCCUAUAGCCGAGGAGUCGUCCUUACUCAGUGGUGACUCAAGCUCAGAUAAUGCUCCUGCAAGCAGCGAGAGCGAGGCCUCCUCUGUCCCCAGCGAUUCAGAAAAGGCUGCACAUUCAGAGGAGGAAAGUACUGGGCAAGGAAUGAAUCGGCCCUCCCGUAUAGUGGAUUGUCCCAUAGAGAACCUAGCAGCUGCAAUUGUCAAUGCAGUGGUGGAUUCUACAACCAAACUAUGUAUGAAGGAGAUGGUGAACGCAGGUUCUGGAAUGCCUGAAAACGAUUGCACUCGGUGUUCAAGUGUUCAGCAAUCCGAUUCGCUUCAGGCUAAAAAGGAUUAUGAGCAGGAUACAGGUGAAAGUAUCCAUGUGUGUAAAGAAGAUGACUCUGGACUGGAUCUAUCUGUAAACAUGGAAGAAACGCAGUGUCCGAGCAUAUCCGAUACAGAGAUCGUUUUAGCAGAAAAUCUUGAAGGGAAACCAGAAGACGAAGUGGAUUUUGUGAAAGACAGCGUAUUCAUGAUUAAUCGAGAAAGCUGCUGCUCACUAACUCCAUGUCCACACAUGGUCCUCCUGGACUCAAAGCAGACGAGUGAAUCUACAGUUUGUCAGCAGUUUCUGGAGGAUGAUCUGGAUAGAGAACAUUCCUCACCUCAACCUAUGAAAAGGGAAUCCAAAAGUGACACUGAUCUGUGUUAUAUGGCCCCGGAAGUGUUGGAUGAAAUGGUCUUCGCAAAGCUUGAAGAGGAACAGUCUUUGUGUGAUGUCUCCAGUUUGGGCUCAGAUGAUAAUACUUCUUUAGAAAGGAACUCCUCCCAUGGAAGUGACAUUUCUAUUCCCCGCACCUCAAGCAUGAAGAAGCCCAGUGACCGACACAGUAUGGACAGCAGCUGUAGCAGUACAGUGACUGCAUGUGUGGAGGAGAGGGAAUGUGAGCACACCGGAGUGUCUGAGAUGGAAGGAGAGGAGAUGGACAACAUCACCGAAGUGUCACCUCAUGUCACUCGCUCUAAGGGCGCCAUCCGCUCUGCUUCUCCACCCAGGAGGCACAGUUGGGAGCCAUGGAAACACGCCCCCAGUGACAGUGAAAUUAGUCGCAGGAGUUCAUUUCGAAUGCUGGGGGAUGUUGUAAGGAAGCCAACUGCUCACAAAAGAAGUAUGAGUUGGUGUCUCUCAACUGUAAACUCUACUGCUGUGGGUGAUGACAUUAAUUGUAGAAGUUACAGCCUAGAGGGUCUUGCCGGCAAAAUCGACGCCGGUCAUGAGUCUUCAUCUGUUGUCUCCGGGACCCUGACUGCUCCGUCGGCUUAUGAGGGAGAGGUUCGUAGUGGCUCUUCACUUUCGUUGUCUGAAGAGAAAGCGGAGUCUGAUCCAAGAAAGAGCACAGCUUUACACCAUGAGGACCGUGAAAAGACCCCCUGUCGUGGGUUUGUUUACCCCAGUCCAGGAUUUGCUCCUCACCUGACAAAAUCCAUGUCACUAACCACUAUCAGCAAUCCCCUGGUGGAAAUUCAGACCCGGAUGCGACCAAAGAGGCGAAUCUCCUUCUCCUUCAACAUUUCUCCGCUUGUUCCUAAGUCUAAGCAUGUCUUUACUGUUGGUUCCUCGUCCAGUGAUGACGAGUCGGAUAGCUCACAGUCCUUAAAUAUCCCUAGAAAUUCUCUGGCUCAAAGUAUACCUGAGGAGAGCUGCGAUGUCUUGCCGUUAAGCCCUUCUCAAAAAGACUUGGAUCUGAAAGGUGGGACCAAAGUGAGCCGCACAUUUAGCUAUCUCAGGCAUAAAAUGUCUGGUGGCAAGAAAACCAAGGAAAAGGAGAAAGACAGAGAUAAAAUAAAAGAGAAAGAAAAGGAACCCAAGGAAAAGGACAAGGAUAAGAAGACAAUCAAUGGGCACUUGUUCAGCUCCACACCGGUCGUCGGUCCAUUUGCUUGCAACCACUGUACAAAAAGCUUUAAUAAAGAUGGCUAUAUAUGUUCAAAUUGUAACUCCAUUGUACAUAAAGGCUGCAGAGAGAACUUCAUUCCCUGUGCAAAAGUCAAAAUGAAGCAACAAAAGGUUCUGCAGCCCAAUGAUACCUCCUCGUUACCUGUGGUCAUGAUGAGGAAUAAAGGUUCCCAACCGAAGGAAAGACCUCGCUCAGCAGUCAUUGCACCGGAUGAAGUUGCCUUCUCAUCUCUCAGCUUUUCAAACAGAAGGCCGCAGACUACAAUCUCCAUAUCCAAGAGUAUCUCCACACAGAAUAUUGCAGGGGUUGGAUGUGAUGAACUUAUUUGGCAGAACUUUAAGUCUUUGUCGCAGUCAACGGACUCUUUACACAAAAUCAGCAGGGUCAAUGCAUCUACAGAGUCCCUCGUCGAUGAAGGCACAGACAUGAAUGAGGGACAGCUCAUGGGGGAGUUUGAGGCAGAUUCCAAGCAGCUGGAGGCAGAAUCCUGGAGUCAGACGGUGGAAAGCAAGUUUCUUAAACAGCUAAAGAAAGAGGUGGUGAAACGGCAGGACGUGAUCUACGAGCUCAUGCAGACAGAAAUGCAUCAUGUCCGGACUCUGAAGAUUAUGAAUGAAGUCUACUACCGGGGAAUGCUGACUGAGCUGCAGUUUGAGCAGAAAGUUCUAGAAAAGAUCUUUCCAUGCAUAGAUGACUUGCUGAACAUCCACACCCAGUUCUUCCAACGGAUUCUGGAGAGAAAAAAGGAGUCGAUGGCUGAAAAAAGCGAGCAUAACUUUGUCAUCAGAAGGAUUGGGGAUAUUCUGGUGAAUCAGUUCUCUGGUGAAAAAGCUGAACACAUGAAGAGAACGUAUGGUAAAUUUUGUGGCCAUCACAAUGAAGCAGUGAAUUAUUUCAAGGAUUUGCUGUCCAAGGAGAAGAGGUUUCAGGCCUUUAUUAAGAAAAAGGGAAGUAGCUCAUUAGUCCGCCGUCUGGGGAUCCCAGAAUGCAUACUACUGGUUACUCAAAGGAUAACAAAGUAUCCAGUGCUUUUACAGAGAAUACUGCAAUAUACAAAAGAGAAUGAAAUUGAGCACCAGGAAGUGGAAAAAGCCCUGAGCUUGGUAAAGGAUGUUAUUUCUGAGGUGAAUAAUAAAGUAAAAAAUUAUGAGAAGAAGACGCGCCUUUCCGAGGUCUACAACAAGACUGAUAGUAAAUCGAUACAACGCAUGAAAAGUGGGCAAAUGUUUGCAAAGGAGGACCUCAAGCGGAGGAAAUUGGUCCGUGAUGGCAAUCUGUUCCUGAGAUCCAGUCCAGCCAAUAGAAUUAAAGAGGUGCUGGCUGUGCUGCUGACUGAUGUGUUAGUUUUCCUCCAGGAAAAGGACCAGAAAUAUGUCUUUGCAUCACUGGAACAAAAAUCUACGGUGAUUUCCUUGAAGAAGCUGAUAGUAAGGAAAGUGGCACAUGAUGAAAAGGGACUGUUCCUGAUCAGCAUGGGAGGGAAGGACCCAGAAAUGGUGGAGGUUCUCACCAAUACCAAAGAAGAGCGGGACAGCUGGAUUGACACUAUCCAGGAAACGAUGACUACAAUGGACAAAGAUGAGGAUGAAGGUGUUCCAUCUGAGUCAGAGGAAGAAAAAAAGAACUGGGAUACCAAAGCCAGAGAACUGAGAGGGCAACUGUAUCAAAAAGAUGAACAAAUAUUAACCUUACUUGAAGAGAAAGAGAAGCUUUUUCAGGCACUGACACUUUGCAAUGGUCAAGAAGAGAAUUCCCCAGCAGUGCUGGGCAGAACGCUCUUCAGAGCAAACACAGAAGAGGCUCCCCGAGGAGAGCCACUAAUAAAAAGUGCAAUCAAAGAAGUGGAGACACUUGAAGUUCUGGUGAACCAGUAUUUAUGGAGCAGCCUAGUGGCGCAGGAGUCUGGCGAGAUCGAAAAUGGGGUUGGUCCUGUUUCUCUUCCCCGAAGAGCAGAAACAUUUGGAGGGUUUGACAGCCAUCAACUCAGUGCUUCUAAAUGUGGAGAAAAAGAUGAAGUGGAAGAUGCACAGGAUCUCCGAAGAACUGAAUCUGACAGUGUUCUCAAAAAGGGAGUAAGCCCCAGUGUUGUGGUGAAGCGAAAUGGCAUGCAAGUUCUCCUGUCUGUCAGCAACCUUCAUAAAUGCCUGAAGUCUUUGCAGGCUGUGGUCGUACAGCAAGACACCUACAUUGAGGAUCAGAAAAUGAUGCUGAGCAAGGAUGCCCUCAACCGGAAAUCAAGACAGAGUUCCUUAAGUGAUCAGGAGAAGCAGCGCAGUCUAGAAAAACUGCGUCAGGAGAUCUCCAACUUGGAAAAGCAGCAAGCGCAGCACAAGGAAGAGAAGCUAAGAAAUGAAUGGCAAUGGGAGUCCCGAGAAAAAAAGUUUGCAGAGUGGAAAGAAUGGUCUUCAAGGAUGGACGAAGACCUAAAGAAGAGUGUGCAGGAUAUGGAACAGAAGAAGAAUCGGCUGGAGAUCAUGAAAGCCUUUGGCCAAUGUGAUAUAGAGAGCCUAGAAGAAGACUUGCGUCAAGGGACGAUUCAAGAACAGCGGAACAAAGACCCUAAACAGGUAUCAUUUCAACAUGACAAGUUAAAUAGGGUGCCCUCACUCCCUGUUGCCAUGGACUCAUUAAAAUGGUGUGACUCUAACUCGACCAAACAGGAACAGUUGCAAUCGGAGGCAUCUACGUCGCCUAAAAAGGACAGUUUACUACGGACUGACAGUAAGCAAAAAGGAAAAGGCCACUUCAACUUACUUGGGAGCCAGUCUAACAAAUCGGCAGAGGGCCAUUCCUCCAAUCGCCUCUUUAACCUGUCAAAACCAAAGGAAAAAAAGGACAAGAAGAAGAAGAGCAAAGGAGCCGGCCCUGUAACCUCAGAUUGCCACCAUAUAGAAGGAACGGAGGAGGAAGAAAUCUUCUGUUAGAGGACUUAUUGUUUAUUCUCAUUCUGCACUGGGAAGCCACAAUAGACAAUAUAUGUUACAAGAGAAAAACUCCCCCCCCGAUCACGUUCCCCAGGUUUGCUUGUACUGAUCGCUGCCAGUGUCCUCCAUGCAGACGUCUACUCUAUGGAUCUUCCAUAUUCCACGGGGUCUUCGCUGCAUACAGUGACCCCAGAAGACACGCAUUCUUAAUACAUCCGAAUGCAAACAAUGAAUGUGUCUGGGGCCUGCAAGAUCACUGCUGGUACUUUUUAUUUUAGGAACUACUUCCACUUCUGGGAUCAUACCACAUCAAACACCUACGGGAUGGUAUCAUCAUUGCUGCUCAUCAUCUAUGUUAUAGUUGCUCUUUCCUUGUUACUGUGUUCACCUGAUUUCUGGAUCUCCUGAUUAAAAAAAACAUGGUUCA